AUGUUCGUGUAUGUCUUCAAGUACUUCUUCGGGAUUCCGGAGCGUGUCGUGUCGGUCUACCGCGCCGACGACUCGGGCCCUUUCCCUAAGCCAUACCUAGGCAGCAACGUGCCGGCUGAAGACCGUAUCGAUUAUAUCACGCACCAUGGCUUCCUUCGCGCCCUAGGUGGCCCCGGCCUGCUGCCCAGCACUAGGCGGUAUAUGAAUGCGUUCGCAGCUAGGAUGCAAGAGAAAAGUUUCUCUGAGGAGUGGACGGAAAUGCCAGACUUCUCCAACUUUUUCCGGGACGUAGUCGGCUCGUCUCUCGUCGAGUGCUUGUACGGGCCGACGAUGCUCCGUCUCAACCCCGAAUUUAUGCAAGACCUUUGGGGAUUUGAUGGUAGCGUUCCAUGGUUGGCCAGGGGACUUCCGUCUUUUAUUAAGCCGUCUGCGUACAAGCCCCGUCAGAGCUGCGUCGGCCAGCUGAAGCGCUGGUACGAGUACGCCAGGGAGCACUUUGACGAGUCGAGCAUCAGUCCUGAUGGAGAUGGGGAUCCUUACUGGGGCUCGAACCUCAUGAGGUACCGGCAAGAGAAACUUUUGGCGGUAAAGAACCACGAUGACGAUUCGCUUGCGAGAAUGGACCUGGGGCUAGCGUGGGGUGCUGUUGGCAACACUAUCCCCUGCGCUAUGUUCUCCGCAUUCCACAUUUUCAAGGAUAGAGACCUCCUUCGGCGCGUCCGUGACGACGUCGAGGGCUCCUUUGGCGGCCAACAUUUACUAGACAUAGACCCCAACAAGCUUAUCAAAGAGCCUCUGCUCUCUUCCGUCUACGCCGAGGUCCUCCGCCUCCACGUCAAGACGUACUUCAUGGUAAGCUCACCGCACACGGACGUUCAUUUGGGUAGGUGGGUUCUCCCCAAGGGCCGGAUCGGUCUCAUGAACGCCGGAAUAUCACACAUGGAUAACUCGUUCUGGAAUGAAUUUGGCGGCGAGCACCCUGUGACUUCGUUUUGGUCCGACCGGUUCAUCAUCGAUCCCGCGGACUCCCAGAGCGGGCCUGUGGCACCGCAUGUGCGUGAGUCCCCGGAUUGGGUGGAACCCAGGCCGGACGGCGGCAAGGAACGAAUGGACAAUAAGCCGUUCUUCUCGAUGGACGGAACCGAGGGAUCUUGGUUUCCUUAUGGAGGCGGCCACUCUAUUUGCCCCGGUCGCUUCCUGGCCAAGAGCGUGAUACUGUUCACCUGUGCUCUAUUAGCUAGGGACUAUGACAUUGAGAUGCUUUCUGAUAACGUUGAGGUGACCACGUGGAGAUUCGGGCUCGGCGUCGGGGGACUGAAGCAUUCUCUCCCGUUUCGAAUUCGCAAGCGGAGCACGUGA